AUGGCAGUUAUUGUUGAAAGUCCACUGAUUCUCUCAGCGUCCUUACACAACCCUUUGCCUUUCUACCUUCAUACUUAUAUAUGGCCUUUCGCCAUAAUAUGGCCCAUAUUUUUUCGAUAUUACCUUUCAAAUGACCUCUACGAUAAACAUAUCGGAGGUCAGGAAUGGACAUUUGUCUGGUGUGGUGCCAUUAUCACAGUUCAAAGUCUAUUUUGGUUAAGUACCCACUGGAACGUCAACCUUCGUGCGCUUUUCACUUCUAUCUCGGCCAAUAGUGUUGAGAAUGCAAAACUUAUCAAGCUUAUCCCAGCCCCGAAUGCCGGUGCUUCUGACAUCUGUGAGAUAAUCAAGGGCAAUACCGGUGGCAAGAAGACAAUAUCUUUUCUCUUUCAAAAACGUCGAUUCCUUUACAGUAGUGAAUCUAACAAAUUCUCACCUUUAUCAUUUGCUGUCGACGCCGAGCCGAAGCCCUUUCUCGAGUAUUUUCAGAAGUCUAGAGGUAUAGAUACAGAAUCCAACCUUACCCGGAUCCAACGCCACUACGGUGAUAACACGUUUGACAUCCCGGUCCCAAGUUUCACAGAACUUUUCAAGGAACAUGCGGUAGCGCCAUUUUUCGUAUUUCAGAUAUUCUGCGUUGGGCUAUGGAUGUUAGAUGAAUAUUGGUACUACUCUCUGUUUACCCUCUUCAUGUUGGUAGUUUUCGAGAGCACAGUUGUUUGGCAAAGGCAACGAACUCUAAGUGAAUUUCGUGGUAUGAGCAUCAAACCAUAUGAUAUCUGGGUUUUUCGGAAGAACAGAUGGGAAGAAACGCAAAGCGACAAACUUCUGCCCGGAGACUUAGUAAGUGUCGGGCGUACAAAAGAGGACAGUGGAGUCGCCUGCGACAUGCUUCUCGUCGAGGGAGGUGCUAUUGUUAACGAGGCAAUGUUAUCAGGCGAAAGUACACCCUUACUAAAAGACUCAAUACAGCUUCGCCCAUCGGAUGCCAGGUUAGAACCAGAAGGACUUGACAAGAACUCUUUCCUCUACGGAGGAACCAAAGUUCUUCAGAUCACACAUGGAAACAGUGAUGAGGAAAGACCAAAGAUUAUAUCAUGUGUACCAGCUCCUCCUGAUGAUGGAGCCAUGGCUAUCGUUACUAAGACUGGAUUUGAGACAUCUCAAGGAAGCCUGGUUCGCACCAUGAUUUACUCAACGGAACGCGUCUCAGCGAAUAAUGCCGAAGCUCUGCUUUUCAUUCUUUUUUUACUGAUCUUUGCAAUUGCAGCCUCUUGGUAUGUAUGGGAUGAGGGUGUCAAGAAAGAUAGAAAGCGUUCCAAGCUAAUGCUCGACUGCGUUUUGAUUGUCACGAGUGUCGUACCUCCUGAACUUCCAAUGGAACUGAGUCUUGCCGUUAAUACUAGUCUCGCAGCUCUUAGCCGCUACGCCAUCUAUUGCACUGAGCCAUUCCGUAUUCCAUAUGCUGGCCGCGUAGAUGUUGCUUGUUUUGACAAGACUGGAACCCUAACAGGCGAGGACUUGGUAGUGGAGGGUAUCGCCGGCCUAAACCUUGAUAUUUUGCGGUCAAAUGAGAAGGAGAAAAUGGAUUUUGAUUUGAGUCAUAUUACACCUGUUUCUCAGGCUGGCCUUGAAACAACUCUAGUCCUUGCUACUGCUCAUGCUCUUGUUAAGCUCAAUGAAGGUGAAAUUGUCGGAGACCCUAUGGAAAAAGCGACCUUAUCUUCCUUAGGAUGGGCAUUAGGGAAUAAUGAUAUUCUCACAGGCAAGGCCCUGACGACCAAUAAAACUACAUUGCCUGUCACAGCCCAGAUAAAACGCCGAUUCCAAUUUUCUUCCGCUUUAAAACGCCAAAGCUCUGUGGCUAACAUCACAUCUCAACAACCCGGCACUGGCAAAAAACUUAAAAGCGCGUUUGUCGCUGUUAAGGGGGCCCCUGAAACCAUAGUCACAAUGCUAAUAAAAGUUCCAGAGAACUAUGAAGAAACCUAUAAAUAUUUCACUAGAAAAGGUUCACGAGUUUUAGCUUUAGCUUACAAAUAUAUAUCGGCUGAUAGUGACAUCAGUUCUGGAAGAGUGAAUGAUCUCAAGCGCGAGAACGUUGAAGAGAGUCUAUGUUUUGCAGGCUUCUUAGUCUUACGAUGUCCCCUCAAAGACGAUGCCAAGAAAUCUGUGCAGAUGCUUAACGAAAGUAGUCAUCGGGUCGUCAUGAUCACGGGUGAUAACCCACUCACUGCUUGUCAUGUUGCUCGUGAGGUCGAAAUUAUUGAUAGAGAUGUUCUCAUCUUAGAUUCACCUGAACACGACGAUUCGGGAGAGAAGGUUGUUUGGAAAAGUGUCGAUGACUCAAUCAGCAUCCCAACUGAUCCCAAUCAUCCAAUUGAAAAGGAUAUUAUCGCUAACUAUGACUUAUGUGUCACUGGGUUUGCUCUAUCAAAGUUUAAGAGUAAGGCUGCUCUUUCUUCUAUUUUUCGAUAUACUUGGGUCUAUGCUCGCGUUUCUCCGAAACAGAAAGAAGAGAUUCUUAUGGGUCUUAGGGAUCUUGGAUACCAUACCCUCAUGGCUGGAGACGGCACAAACGAUGUUGGUGCUCUAAAGCAGGCGCAUAUUGGGGUCGCAUUACUUAACGGAUCUCAAGAGGAUCUCAACAAGAUUGCAGAGCACUUCAGGACUACUAAAAUGAAAGAAUUCUAUGAGAAGCAAUGCCAAUUAAUGAAGAAAUUCAACAAACCAGAUCCACCUGUACCUAUUGCCAUAGCUCAAUUGUACCCUCCAGGUCCUUCAAAUCCUCACUACGCGACGGCUAUUGCCCGAGAAUCUGAGAAAAAAGCACUUUCAAAAAAUACACUGAACAAGUGUGAUAACUCAAACUUAGGAAAAAAGAAAGAGAACGUUCCCCUUAGCAAUAUCCAGGAAACUCUGGUAACUCAGAAAGAUAAGCCUUCAGAUGUACAAAUCAAAGCUAGUGACCUAGCCGAUAAACUUACGCAGAGUAUGAUGAAUCAAGAAAUGGACGAUGAGCCUCCUACAAUAAAACUAGGCGACGCAUCUGUCGCAGCGCCCUUUACGAGCAAACUUAGUAACGUUAUUGCAAUUCCUAACAUUAUUAGGCAAGGUCGAUGUACACUCGUGGCCACGAUCCAAAUGUACAAGAUUUUAGCACUCAAUUGUCUGAUCAGUGCGUACAGCCUAAGCGUGCUCUAUCUUGAGGGAAUAAAAUUUGGUGAUGGGCAAGUCACUAUAAGUGGCAUGCUUAUGUCUGUCUGCUUCUUGUCAAUUUCUCGCGCCAAAUCUGUGGAAGGUCUAUCUAAAGAAAGACCCCAACCUAAUAUAUUUAACUUUUACAUAAUUGGUUCUAUUCUUGGGCAAUUUGCGGUUCAUAUUGUCACUCUCAUAUACAUUGCUAGAUACUGCGAUCAAAUUGCUCCCCGCGAUGAGAGUAUCGAUCUCGAAGGCGAGUUCGCACCGUCACUCCUUAACAGCGCAGUUUAUCUUCUUCAACUUAUACAGCAGAUCUCAACCUUCGCAAUAAAUUAUCAAGGCCGCCCUUUCCGUGAAUCGCUCUCUGAAAACCGAGGAAUGUAUUGGGGCAUCAUCGGAGUAUCUGGUAUAGCAUUCUCUUGUUCCACGGAAUUUAUUCCCGAGAUAAAUGAGAAAAUGCGACUAGUUCCCUUUUCUGGAAGCUUCAAGUAUACUAUGACAACUGUCAUGAUACUCGAUUAUUUAGGAUGUUGGGUUAUCGAAAAAACAUUGAUGUUCGCGUUUAGUGACUAUAAGCCAAAAGAUAUUGCAGUGAGGAGACCCGAUCAGCUUGAACGUACAAGAAAAAGAUUGGAAGCUGCGAAUAUGGAAUUGAUUCGGUCUGAGGAAGAGAAGGCACAGAUAGCCGUGCGAGCUCUGGAAGAUAAAUUGGCUGGGAAAGUAAAAGUAUAA